UCUCGGGUAAAAUGGCGUGAGGACCGUAAACUGGUGUUUCUUCUCUGUCACUCAGGUGAGGAAAGCAGCAUGGAUAAAGUGAGGAGGAUCCUGGUUCAUGUCUGUAAAGACCGAGCAGCUUCACAACGAGCUCAGUUUGUUCAGAGUAUAACGGGUCACUUCAUGGAUGGUGGUGAUGAUGAGGUGGAGGUGAACUGCUCUCUGGAGAAAAACCAGUUUAUUCUUUUCAGAGGAGACAAAGGACAAGGAAUCCCUCUGAAGAGACCCGCCUUCUGUCCCAUCAAGCACCUGUCAGCCAGAGAGGCAGCUGCGAUCCCAUUGGACGUUCAGCAGCGUGGUGUGGAUGUGGGCGUGGCUAUACUCCUGCAGACAGCCAAUCAGAGAGUGUUGCUGACUCGACGGGCAAAGGAGCUUCGUAUAUUUCCCAACGUCUGGGUCCCCCCAGGUGGACAUGUGGAGCCCGAUGAGACGCUGCUGGACGCUGGCCUCAGGGAGUUACAGGAGGAAACUGGACUGAAACUUGGAUCAGAUGAAGUUUGUCCAAAAAUACUGGGACUGUGGGAGUCAGUGUAUCCUCCCAUGCUGUCCAGAGGACUUCCUCAGAGACAUCACAUAGUCGUCUACAUGCUGCUGCACUCCUCCCUCUCUCACCUGCAGCUGCAGUCGUCUCUGAGCCCGUCUCCAGCUGAGGUCAGCGCGUGUCUGUGGGCCGACAGUCGACUGGUCAGAGCCAUCGUGUCGGCCGUGGACGGAGAGGAUGGAGACGUUCGACUGGACGAGCUGCCCAACAGCAUCAGUGUGUCACAGGUGUCUGCAGACGGAGCUCUUAGUGACGUUACUCUGCCGCUGGAGGUGUUGGUUAGUCGAGCGCCGACCUGUGGUCCUGAUGUGGAGCGGGUCAGCACCGGGACAAAGUUUGCCCUGGAGCUAUGGCUGAGGAGCUUGGAGGCACCUGACCCCUGACCUCUGACCCCAACAACCUAACUGUGGAGGCGACAGGAAGGAGUGCUCAGCAUCAGAGAAAUGACUGUCUGUGUAAAUGCCACUUAGAUUUUUAUGUACUUUAAAUUCAAGUCUUGUUUUUCAAUAAAACAGCUGAAGAAAUGA